CGAUUUAUUUUAUUACUACAGAAAGCUUUAGUCGAAUAACUUUGCUUCUUAAGAAACACACUUCAACAUGGCAGAAGUUAACAUUCUGUCAUCAAUGUUUACUGAGUUGAACAAAGCAAUUCAUGUGUCUGAUUAUAAGCAAGCUCUAAAAAUUACAAACAAGAUAAUCCACACGAAGGAAGGGAAUCAUGAUGAAAAAGCUAUGCAUUGCAAAGUAGCAUGUAUGAUCAAUUUAAACCAGUUUUCCGAGGCGUUGAAAUUCUUACAAUCGGAACCAAGUAUUGAUAAAACCUUGAUCUUUGAGAAAGCCUAUUGCCAGUAUCGUCUUCUACAAACGGACAAGGCACUUGAUACGAUCAAUGAAGUGAAAGAUCUCGAUAACAGACUGAUGGAAUUAAAAGCUCAAGUUUUGUAUAAACUUGGUUUUUACAACGAUUCUUUAGAUUUAUAUAAAAGAUUGAUGAAAGAGUGCGCAGAUGAAGAUGAGGAAGAAAGAAAAGCAAAUCUUUUAGCUGUGACAGCUUCAUUAUUUCUCUGGCAAAAUAAACAAGUCAACGUCGACUUGGAGUUGAGCUCGCAUGAGCAGUUUUAUAAUAAAUCAUGUCAGUUACUCGGGGCUGGGAAAGCAAAAGAAGCAGAAGAAUUAUUGGAUCGAGCAAUUACUGAAUGUAAGGAAUAUUUUGAAGAGGAUCCUGAUGUAACAGAUGAAGAUAUCGAGUCUGAAUUAGCUGUGUUAAAAGUACAACGUGCUUAUGCGAUGCAGUUACAAGGACGUGAAGAUGAGGCAAUGAAAGUGUACAAUCAAGUUCUCAAAUCCCGGCCUUCGGAUAUUGGGAUUGUUGCAGUUGCUUCUAACAAUAUCAUCACUAUUAAUCGUGAGCAGAAUGUUUUCGAUUCGAAAAAGAAAUUAAAAGCGACUUUUGUUUCUGGAAUUGAACAAAAAUUAGUCGGGAAACAGUUAAGUUCAAUUGAGAUUAACAAAUCUCUCUUGUACAUGUACUCCAACCAAUGGGAAGCUUGUCGCAAGUUGUUGAAGAAUCUAAAACGAUCACACAAAGAUAGUGAUGUGCCAUGUCUAAUACAAGCGGCUCAGUUUUGCAGGGAAAAGAAUUUUGACAAAGCAAUUGCAUUUUUGUUUGAUUUUAUAGAAAAUCAUUCUGACCCUGACGUCCAUUCUAUUGAUCUGACGAAUGUUAAACUGACGCUUGUCCAGUUACUCUUGGGGCAAAACCAAACUGAUCGGGCUUGUGAAAUUCUGGAAGAAAUGGAAUCUAUUUGCUAUCGACCAGGAGUUAUAUCUCUUCUCGUGGCUUUGUACGAUCGUCAGAAAGGAAGCGAAUCGAAAGUUAUCAAGAUUCUCAACCAAGCAAUUAAUUGGCAUCAAAAAAAGAAAAGUUCAAAUAAAAUUGUCUCAAAAUUGAUGUGGGAAUGCGCUCAGUACAAACUAAAACGGCAUAGACCCAAGGAGGCUGCUGAAACCCUGGAAAAAAUGAGGAAAAUUGACCCAAAUAAUGUGAAAGUUUUAGCUCAGCUAAUUUUUGCGUAUUCACAAUUCAACCCUUCAAAAGCUCAUCAUUUGAGUGAAGAUUUACCAUCACUUGAAGAAAUGUCUCUUUCAGUUGAUGUAGACCAUUUAGAGAAAAACGCAAUUGGCUUACUUGCACCGAGGUAUGUCAAAAGACAAGCAAAACAACAGCAAAAAUUACAGCAGACUAAAACAGGAAAAAAUAUGGCCUCCGGAGAUGAGGGAGGAAAAAAGAAAAAAUCAAAGGCGAAAGAAACAGUUUCUGAAGUGAAAACAGAUGAAGUUGUGAACGCUGAAAAGAAGAAACGUAAACGAAAGAAGAAACGCUUGCCGCAGAAUUAUGACCCUGCAAUUGAACCUGAUCCGGAAAGAUGGAUUCCACUUCGAGAGCGUUCAUACUAUAAAGGAAGACGUAAGGAUAGAAAGAAGGGAGUCGGAACUGGAACGCAAGGUUCUUCCACUAUUAGUGCAGAUAGUUUAGACAUGUCAAAACAAAGUACAACACAGACAGCUGGCAGCACAACUCCUGCUUCUCCUAAACCUGGAACUGCUGCCGUUAAUUCACCUAAGCCUUCAUCUGGGGCAAGACCAAAGACUAAACAAACUGCAAGAAAUAGAAAGAAGAAGGGCAAAGGUGGUGGUUGGUAAAUCCAAUUUUUAAACUUUUCAAUACAGAGCUUAAAAUGAGAAAUACAUCUCAGAAUCGGUGAAGUGUGCGAUUUAAAGAGAAAGAAAUGAACAGAUAUUUAUUCAGAUUUAUGCACAGUCUUUUGUGCAAUUUAUUUUUUGCUGCUGGUGUGUCUUUGUUUUCAAGAAAUUAAUUUUCAAAAUCAAUUUUUAAUGGUGUUGCAGGGUGCGUGGUAUGAAUAUUGAUUGUAAUUUGACAUGUUUCAACUCUCCUAAUGGUUUUGGUUCCGAAUUCCCAGUUGGCAAUAGAGAUUAUUAAUUCAUAAUAAUUAUUCAAACAAGAGCACAAUAGUCAAUUAUAUGCGCAUAAAAUGACUUCCGCAAUGCUAUUGAAAUUUCAGCCAAACAGGUUAUGCUAGUAGAAAAGCGAACUCGAAUGAAUUUAACUUAUUUUGAUGAUCUGGAGCAAGAAUGCUAAGAAUUGUACCAGAUGCCAUAUAACAGUGUUUUGGUUGAUUAAAAAAACAGUCGAAUUUUGGGUGAACUAUCAGCCCAUGUUCUAUGACUAGGAACAAAUUAAAAAAAAAGAGAAGUAUCGUUCUAGCGACAUCUUCCAUGCUUACGAAUUGAAAUGGAUUGGUCUAGUUGCAGAAGAAAAUUUUUUUUUUACAAAAGCAACAACAUUGGUUUAGCAGAACAAAUUAAUAUAUUCACUAAAUGUCCAAAAUCAUCUCCAAGACAAAACUUUUGUAUUCAAAUGAAAUGAAUAUUUAUUUCAUUUGAGAUCUUCUAGUUGCUGUAAAGUUAUGUGUUUUUUUCCCACAAUAUUUAUUGUCAGCCCAGAUAAAUUUUGUAUUACUGAUAACAUUAUGUGAUAGUAUCCACUUAAAAACCACAUGUCAUGUUUCCAUAGGUGUCAUAUGAUACCUAAAACUAGUUGUUGUUAUUUAUUAUCCCCUCAGGCAUAUUGUUUUAUGUUUUACAGCGUUAUGAAUUUUAUGAGUAUAAGUUCAGUAUAUGCUUUUGAGGUUAAUGAUAACUUGUUUUUUGUCAUUAUGGGCUAUUGUUGCUUUUUGGGAAGGCUUUCUCGAGAAUUCAGAUAAUAAAACUCUUUUUUUUUCGCAUAGUUCAUCAAUUUUACAGUAGAUUUAUUGCAAGAAAUUAUUCUAAUUUCUAAAUUACUUGGCUAUAUGGCAAUUAAAAUCUUCAAUCUAGUCUUAUACGGAGUUGUACUUUAUACAAGCAGCGUUGACUUUAUAAUUUUAAUGGUUGGGGUCUGGUGUAGUUUGUAUCUCAAGUACUUCUAGUGGGCGUAGCAUAACAAUUUUUGCAUAUGUUAAUCCUAACCUCAACCUUACUGUGUCCUCCUAAAAUUAUGUCACUACGACGUCACAGUGAUGUAGGUAGGCCAUUCAAACUAUACGAACUAUGCAAAGAUCGCUAUGCCCACUAGAAGUACUAGAGGUACAAAACCACACGAGACCCAAUGCCUGUAGGUAUUUCGUUCUUCAAUUGUUUUGAAUUAAACUAUUAAAGUAUUCAAGGGAAUUCUUAAAAUAUUGUUAAUAAAUAUACAUCCUGCCUUUGGUAACUAACCUGGCCUAGUUGUGAAAUAUUUUUAUCUGUAUACUUUUGGGAUGAGGUCUGGUUUUGGAGUUUUUGCUUUUCAUGUUUUAUUAAAAUUUAUUGUCUAUAUCAUUUUCAGAAUCUUUUAUGGUUUAUUGGUUAUUACUGAUGCGGAUAAAACGGUCGUCUAGUUGUGUACUGGCUAGCGCCUAUGAAAAUGUGUGUAAACAUGUAUUACUAUACCCCUAGUAGUAAUCAUUGCUAUUUAAUAAGAUCAGCCAUGUCAAAAUUUUUUGAAAAAGUUAUGAAAAUAUAUUGUUUAUUUAAGCUAGGGCAAAAGUAUAAUUUUUCUCUCAACACACACUUCCAGACUCCCUUAUUUUACUGUAAUUUUCAGCAAAUGCCAAAAACUUUCUCUAUGUGCUGUUUAUAAUCACUGGCUCAAAAUUGUUUUGCAAAGUAGUACAAUUGCUAUUUAACUGUUUAAAUAAGAUUUGGUGAUGAAGAAAUUUUCUUAAUUCUUCGUAAUUAAUAUAAUGUCUCAUUAUGUUCUGUUCAGUUUCUGUUACAUUGCCAAGUCACAAUUCAUAGUUUUUUCAAUGGAAUCCUGUUUUAUUUCAAAUCUGAUUGUUUGCAUCUCGCAAUGGAUAAUUCUAGAAUAUUCAUCUGUGCGACAAAAUUGAAGUUUUUUUCAAACCCAGCACAUGUUUUCCGAAAUCCGAACCCCCCUAUUUUUUGCUAUGCUCGGCAAUGGUUUGGCACUUUUAAUAAUUUAACUUUUAAAUAUCCACUGAGUUGAAACAUUUACAAAUGAGUGGUAAUAUUUACCUGGUAAAAAUUAGAUUUGGUGACAGAUAAAUUUUCUUUAUUAAUAUGUCAAAAUGAAAAGAAUGCCUCAUAAUAUUUUGUUCGUUUGCAAUUUCAGUGCCAAGACUAAUAUCAUGUUGUUACAUUUCAUAUUUUUGGUCGAAAACUAUGUCACACCUGCAGUUAGAUUGAGUUUACAAUUAUUUUCUCUGUUGCAAAAAUAAAAUGUAUGUUUUUUUCUCCAG